UUUCAGAUUCUGACAAGUAAAAAUUUGAGGAAAUCUUCAGUUUCAAACUUUCAACUCUUUCUGUUUAUUUUUGACUCACCUUCCUGGUUCCGAGUCUGAUUUCUGUGCGCCACAUUAAUUCCAAACCCCAGAACAGGCCAAGAUGUCGAACGAGGACGAUCUGAUUCGACAGUUUUCGGAAACUACGGGACUGCAACCAGACCGCUCCCGGUUCUAUCUGGAGUCGGCAGGCUGGGAAAUCGGGGUGGCACUGGAGACGUACUUCGACUCGCGGGGCUCGCAGGAUGAGGACGUCAACAUGGAGGAUUAUCACGCUCAGCAGCAGAUGCCUGGCUCGGGUUUCGCGCCGUACUUCACACCACCUACGAAUGCCGCACCGGCGCCUGCUGCUUCUCAGGCAGUACCGCGUCCCAUUGGCAAUCCAAAGCCAACCAGCGGUGCAUCGGGAUCCAGUCGCAUUGCCACACUCAACAGUAUCCGUGGACGGGAAAGCACAGACGAAGAGGACGACGACCCGGACAACGACAAAGAUCAAGGACAGGAGUUUUAUGUUGGCUCUGGCCAAGAGGUGAUCGGGCCGGGGCGCAAACAGAACCGCAAUCCCGACGAUAUCAUUACGUCGGUGUUCAAAUCAGCACGUCAGCAUGGCGCGGAGCAAGUGGAGCAUGAAUCACCGGCGGCUGGUCGAUCGUCCAUGUUCACCGGUGCUGGACAGCGCUUGGAUGCCAGUGCGCCGGUGGGCACGCAUUCCGCGCCCAUUCCGUCCGGCAGCGCGCCGGCGCCGGUGGAUCCUCCCAAUCGUGGACUGGUGGUUUUGCGCAUGUGGCAGAAUGGGUUCACGGUUAAUGACGGCCCACUGCGCGGCUACAGUGAUCCGGCUAAUGAGGAGUUCAUGAGUUCCGUUAAGCAAGGCCGUAUGCCGCGGGAGCUGGCAAUGAUGGCCAGUCAGGGAGAGGUCCGCGUGCAGAUGGAAGAUCACCGCGACGCGGAGUACCGCCCACCAAAGAAAGCUCCUGAAUACUUCGGUGGAACCGGACAUAUGCUUGGCAGUCCUGCUCCGGCGGUCGUUUCUAAUCCAGGGACAGCAAAAAAAGCAGAAUCUGGUGAUGCGCGAAAAGCUUCGGAAGACAAGGCCAAAGCUGCCUUCGCGUCGGAUGGCUCACUGCCGGCCACGAACAUCCAGAUUCGUCUCACCGACGGAUCUCGUAUCGUGCACCGGUUCAACGAAGUGGCCACUGUCGGGGAUAUUCGUCGUUUCGUUCGUCUGGCGCGUCCGGAGUUUGAAGCGGCUGAUUUCCAAAUGUUAGCCGGAUUUCCUUCGAAGGCUUUGACGGAUGAUUCAGUCUCAUUAAAAGAUGCAAAUCUGCUGAAUGCCGCCAUUCAAGUGAAAUAAACACGUUUUUGCAGGUGCUUUACAAACGAGUGGGUGCCAGUUACAUUGGCCACUUUGUGAUUUUAACAUGAAUAUCAGUUUAUUUCUACAAAUGCAUACUUUUUUGCGGUGUUAUGGAUGGUGCGCCGGUCUGGCAUUCUUGACAGUUUCGAUUGUUGUCGAAUUUUUCUCAUUUAGUUUCGACCAUUUAUAACCAUUUGAUGUUGGCCUGAAAUGUUUUGUAAAUAUUUUGUUUUGCGCCUUGUUAUUCUUCCAGAGAAUGUUCGAUUUGAUCACGGGUUGCGCCUUCCUGAGCAUUUCAGUUCGACUUUCGAUUCGUAUUACAUAUGCUUCCUAAAACGGCGAUUUAAAAGUGAAGUUAACACUUUU